UGCUUGACGUCAGGUGAACGAUGAAUAUUUAGAGAUUGUGAUUUUUCGAUAUUUAGUGGCGUUUUGAGUGGACACAUAUUAAUGUAUUUAGUGAAAUUACUAAAAUGGAAACCGAUUGGAUGAUAGAAGACUCGACGACACCUAAGGUGACGUCACUAACUUCCCUGGAUACGGGCGUGCGGCCAGCUCCAAGUGGGGCAGCCUACGUGGGUGAACGCAACACAUGUCUGACCUUGUUCUCAAGAUGGAACGAGACAGAUCAGGUGGAAUUCGUGGAACAACUGCUGGCGCGUAUGUGCCACUACCAGCAUGGUCACAUCAACGCGUACCUCAAGCCCAUGCUGCAGCGAGACUUCAUCAGCAUGCUGCCAAAGAAAGGCCUCGACCACGUCGCGGAGAAUAUACUUUCUUACUUGGACGCGAGCUCGCUUUGCGCCGCCGAGCUGGUCUGCCGCGAGUGGCAGCGGGUGAUCUCAGAGGGCAUGCUGUGGAAGAAGUUGGUGGAGAGGAAGGUGCGGACAGACUCAUUGUGGAGGGGGCUGGCUGAGAGGAGAGGAUGGAUAAUGUACCUGUUCAAGCCGAAACCCGGCUGCCAGCAUCCCUCGCACUCCUUCUACAGACAGCUCUACCCCAAGAUCAUACAAGACAUACAGUCCAUCGAAGACAACUGGCGCAUGGGCAGGCAUAACUUACAGAGGAUAAACUGUCGGUCGGAAAAUUCGAAAGGCGUGUAUUGUCUGCAGUACGAUGACAACAAGAUCGUGUCCGGGCUUAGAGACAACACUAUUAAGAUAUGGGACAGGAAGACAUUACAGUGUGUCAAGGAACUCCAAGGCCACACGGGCUCGGUCCUAUGUCUACAGUACGAUGAACGGGCAAUCAUAUCGGGCUCCUCAGACAGCACGGUCAGGGUAUGGGACGUCACCACAGGUGCCAUGCUCAACACUCUAAUCCACCACUGUGAGGCGGUGCUGCAUCUUAGAUUCUGCAAUGGCAUGAUGGUCACAUGUAGCAAGGACAGGUCGAUAGCUGUAUGGGACAUGACAUCAACUACAGAGAUAAUGUUAAGGCGAGUGCUCGUAGGACACAGGGCAGCUGUCAACGUGGUUGACUUUGACGAAAAAUACAUUGUUAGUGCGAGCGGCGAUAGGACUAUUAAGGUGUGGAACACGUCAUCGUGCGAGUUCGUGCGUACGCUGAACGGACACAAGCGCGGUAUAGCGUGCCUACAGUACCGGGACAGGUUGGUGGUGUCCGGCUCGUCGGACAACACCAUACGUCUGUGGGACAUAGAGUGCGGGCAGUGCAUCAGAGUGUUGGAAGGACACGAGGAGCUAGUUAGGUGUAUUCGUUUCGACAACAAGAGGAUAGUUAGCGGCGCGUACGACGGCAAGAUCAAAGUGUGGGACCUGCGGGCGGCGCUAGACGUGCGCACGCCGCACCAAGACCUGUGCCUGAGGACGCUUGUGGAGCAUACGGGUCGCGUAUUCCGGUUACAAUUCGACGAGUUCCAAAUCGUGUCGUCCUCGCACGACGACACCAUCCUCGUGUGGGACUUCCUCAACUAUGGCGGCGCGUCGCCCUCGCCUGCGGCUCCGCCCCCGCGCCGCUCGUCACCAGACCACGACCGCGCCUUUUAUGACUAGGUUUAUCUCAAAGACCGCGUUUGUACGUUAUUAUUAUGAUAACAGGAAUACAAAUAACGGUCGCGCCUCAGCGAAGUGACUCAAGUGGAGUGAAGUUAAGUGAUACUAGUGAUGUGAAUAUAGUGACUAUGAAACGUUAUUCGUUAACAUUAUGAUCUGUGGACUCAAGUGAAAUGCAACGACUGCACUACAAAACCGAAUGGAGUUGACCGAAGACGCUUUUGGAGAGAAUAGCUUCGAUUAUACUUAGCAACCUCUCAGGUGUAGCGAUGAAUCCCAUCUUUGAAAAUCCAAGGUUUAUUUUUCAGUAAGGGUCAAUUUAGGGAAUUUAUAUACCUUAAUCAGCUCUACAUUCAGUAAGUUACCCAGGGCAUGGAAAAGGGUAUAAAAUUUUAAACCUUUAUAAGUCAAUAACUCUGAUAUCAUUUUCAUUAUGCUCAUUUAACAGAUAUUAGCCGGUUUUAAGAAGUGACGUAUCACAUUAAUUUAAAGAUCACUGUAAAACCGGUUAAUUUAGAUUAAUUGUACAUGAUGAAACAUUUGAUUUUCAGUUAACGGUUUGUUAUCUGUUUUUGGUUGAAGGAUUUCUUAAAAUUCUUCAAUCAUGUAACUGUUACAGCAUUGUACAAUAUGUUAACCAGUUAUAAACCUAAAUCGAACAGUAAAAACUUAAUGAAAAAGAAAAAAGGGGCAAUGUAGAAACUGAUAUGGGUGGGUUUCAAAGCUGCUAUACUCCUGAAAGUUCAGAUUAGAAUUGUGAGAGCCUGAACGUUCUAACGGUUGUUAAUGACAGAGAUAAUUAUUUCUUGAGAUUCUAGUUAAUGCACGUUCUAGCAAAUACCUUCAUACUUUUUGUCUGUCAAACAGUAAAGCAACAGACGGUAUAAGUUUAAGAGAUAUAAUGUCUAUUAAUUUCUCAAUCACAAUAUAACAGAAAGACAGCUAAAAUUAUAAAUUGACAUUUGAUCUAAAAUAAUAAAUAUAGGGAAAAUUACUACAGAAGUGUUCAAUAUUCCAUCCAAAUCAUAAUGGAUUUGAAAGCUGCAACAGUAUUCCAGGAUCGUCACACUUUUUCUGUUAAGUAUUGAUCAUGGUUGUGUUAUAUCGGAUUUCUUUCUUAUGUUUUUUAUUAAAUACAUUAUAAAGUGAAGGGAGUUAUAGAUAAAUAACUCAGACUGUCAUACCAUGUGGCUGUAUGCCAAAAAUUAUAUCUUAAGAAAUGCCACAAAUGUCACAACUGUAUCGCCCAGCCUUUGAUGUUCAUGUAUUGGAUUUUAAACUUCUAAAUAUAACUUAGAUCUAAAUUUACAUCUAAUUAUAACUUUCAAAUAUCAGAGCGUGAAAAGAAACACUGAUGUUUUUUAAUAAGACCUAUAGAGCAUUGGCGCAUUUUGCAGAUCAGCCCGCCUUAACUAUUGCGCAUUGACACAAUGAGUCAGUGCCUCAUGUGAGUUUUUCUACCUAACUAUUUGCUUGUGUAAAAGUUAACUACGAUUUGUAUGGUAACAAAAGAGUGCCAUCUAGUGACAAUACUGUUUACCAAUAUCUUAACUAGAUGGCGCUCUUACUCAACUGAAUAGGUACAAAAUCUCACACCCACACACAUCUGGGCUUUGAACCACAAAAACAUAGUUCAAAAUUAUAGUUUUCGAUAACUGAGUAGAUGAUGAGUACAGAAUUUACUACUUUAUAACAAGGUGCUUUAGGUCGAAUUUACAGUGCCAUUGUAGUAGACCUUUAUGUUUGAAACGUGAAAAUUGAUUGCUCUUUAAAAUUUAUGCAAUCUUGGUACAUUGAGAAUUUCAGCAGAAGGGGCUCAACUCACAAUAUUUACAAUAAUAAUAAGUUAUUACUACUAAAAUGAUUGAGCAAAAAAAAACCUGGACAUUCGUAAGUUUUUUUCUUUGAGUGAAAACCAAAUUGCGUGCUUUGCAGAUAUUUUCUUUUUAUUACAAACUUUUAGUAGGCAGUGACAUUUCUGGUAAACUGCGUACCAUAGAUCCUAGACCGGAUAGAACUUGAGUUAAAAUUGUCUUCACUAUUUUACCGCGGGAAAUUUAAUUCAGAAAUCUUCUGAUUUCUAAACCCUAAGUUAAGUAAAUUUGUCAGAAGGUA